AUGACCACCUGCCUCGAAUCUACAGCACUUCGUAGCCUUACUCUGCUUGGAAAUGAAUGUGAUCGCUUGGCUCUGCUAGACUUCAAGAAAAGAAUAACUGCAGAUCCUUUGGAUGUCAUGAGCUCGUGGAAUCAUUCCAUCCAUUUCUGCAGCUGGGUUGGGGUUUCUUGCCACCGUUCCACCAAAAGAGUCUUGAUGUUGAACCUGGAAUCUCAAAAGUUGGUAGGCUCCAUUCCUCCUUCCGUUGGAAAUCUUACUUAUCUUACUGGAAUCAAAUUGGGAGCCAACAACUUUCAUGGGGAAAUUCCUCCAGAAAUGGGUCGUCUACAAAGCCUACAAUAUCUCAACCUUUCUUAUAAUUCCUUCCGUGGGGUAAUUCCAACUAAUUUGUCACAAUGCACACAACUAAAAAUGCUUGAUCUACAAGACAAUCGGAUUAAGGGGUCCAUCCCCAACCAACUCAGUUCAUUGUUGAAUUUAAAAUGUCUGUUGCUUUAUGGUAACAGUCUCAUUGAAACCAUCCCACCGUGGAUAGGAAACUUUUCUUCUUUGCGCUUCCUUUAUCUUGGGAGCAACAAUUUGCAAGGAAGCAUACCAAAUGAGCUGGGGCAUAUAACAGGCUUGGUGGAAUUCAUAGUUGAGAUGAAUAAUUUGUCUGGUAUGGUCCCUUCUUCAAUCUAUAAUGUUUCUUCCAUACAAAUUUUCAGUGUUGCUGUCAACCAGUUGCAUGGAGAGCUACCACCAAAUCUCGGCACUAUGCUUCCUGAUCUCGUAGAAUUUUACUGCAAUGAGAACAAAUUCACAGGAAAUAUUCCUUUAUCAUUGUCAAAUGCUUCUAGACUUCAGAUUCUUGAAUUUUCUGUAAAUGGCCUAUCUGGGACAGUCCCUGGUGAAAGUUUUGGAGGUUUUGGCACUUAG